AUGGGCAACUGCCUCAAGUCGCCAACUUCGGACGACAUGUCGUUGCUCCACGAAUCUCAGUCGGACCGGGCUAGCUACGGAGACGGAGUCGACCCCGACCUGGAGCCGCCGCCCCCUUACCAGGAGCAAAUCCACGUUCCCAUCUACCACCCGACACCAAGCCAGGCCCGACUAGCAACCCAGCUCACAGAAGAGGAGCAGGUACGCAUCGCCCAGCGCAUCGGACUGAUCCAGCACCUACCAAGGGGCGUUUUCGACCCCGGUCGGGACGGAUCUGAGAAGAAGAUCAGAGAGUGCGUCAUCUGCAUGAUGGACUUUGUGUACGGGGACCCCAUCAGGUUCCUGCCAUGCAUGCACAUCUACCACAUGGACUGUAUCGACGACUGGCUCAUGAGAUCCUUCACCUGCCCAUCCUGCAUGGAGCCGGUGGACGCCGCAUUGCUUUCCUCCUACGAGACCAACUGA